AUGCACCUGGAGGGGAGGGGAGGGGAGGGGGGGCCCCACUUCCUCGAGCGGAUAGAAGAAGUCUGCCUUUGCCUUAACCCCGCCUUCCGCGCUUGGCUCCGGUUCUCUCUGCGCUCUCGGCGGACGGAGAGGCAGCCGGGGCAGCUGGCCUUUCCACGCGAGGCGGCGAUGCGAGUGGAGGCGUCGGGGCCCCCCUCAAAAGGCACUCUCCCGGGCCCAGGUGACGGCGCUAUGAACCCCGCGGCAAGCCCGAGCCCGAGCCAGAAAGCUUCACAAGGAUGCAGCGCUGAUCCAAAGGCAGCUGUUGAGCUCGAGCAGCUCUGUUGCUCCCAUUCAGAUCUCACUGAAACCACCGAGUUCAACGCAACAAUGCCUUUGGGGCACUUCACCAAAGGAGCGAGUAUAGAUGAGCUUAUUGAUACUUGUAUCCAUUCUUUCGAUUCAGAAGGAAACCUGUGUAGAAAUGAUCAGCUAUUGAAGGUAACGUUGACCAUGCAUCAACUAAUUAUAUCAUCAACUGAAGUGCUACAAAAGCUAAUAGAUCUAUAUCUGGAUGCUCUGGAAGAUAAUUCUUCUUUGCUUUGCUAUAAGAUAUGUUGCCUUGUAAGAUAUUGGAUAAGAGAAUUUUGGAUCAUGUUCAAAACUGAUUCCAGCCUUACAAGCACCAUGGAGGAAUUUCAGGAACUGGUGAGAGCUAAUGGUGAGGAGUUACACAGCCGCCUAAUUGACACAUCUCAAAUAAAUGCUCGAGAUUGGUCUAGAAAGAUUACCCAGCGGAUAAAAUCCAACAGCAGUAAGAAAAGAAAAGUGUCCCUUCUCUUUGAUCACUUGGAACCAGAGGAGUUGUCCGACCACCUCACUUACCUUGAAUUCAAGUCCUUCAGAAGAAUAUCAUUUUCAGAUUACCAGAACUACAUCAUGAACGGCUGUGUAAAGGACAAUCCAACAAUGGAACGCUCUAUUGCUCUUUGUAAUGGUGUUUCCCAAUGGGUACAACUAAUGGUACUUAACAGACCAACACCACAGCUUCGGGCUGAAGUAUUCAUCAAAUUUAUUCGUGUGGCCCAGAAACUUCAUCAGCUGCAGAACUUCAACACAUUAAUGGCUGUAAUAGGUGGUCUUUGCCACAGUUCCAUCUCUAGGCUCAAAGAAACAAGUUCUCAUGUUCCUCACGAUGUUCAUAAGGUGUUCAAUGAAAUGACAGAACUGCUGUCGUCUUGUAGGAACUAUGAUAAUUAUCGUCGUGCUUACAAUGACUGCAUUAACUUUAAGAUCCCUAUCCUUGGAGUACAUCUGAAAGACUUGAUUUCCCUUUAUGAGGCCAUGCCGGAUUACUUGGAAGACAACAAAAUUAACAUCCAUAAAUUAUAUUCCUUGUACAACCAUGUCAAUGAACUGAUACAGUUGCAAGAUUUGGGGGCCCCAUUGGAGGCUAACAAGGAUCUUGUUCAUCUCCUCACAGUAAGUCUUUUUUUUUUUUUUACGAUUGUAUAUAUUUUAAUAUUAUUCUCACAGCCCGCCUCACAUACAGCCAUUUCUCCUCUGACGCCUUCUAAACCCCCAAUAGUAGUAGCAGACUGGGCAUCCGGCAUUGCUCCAAAACCUGAUCCAAAGACCAUAAGCAAGCAUGUUCAGAGGAUGGUAGAUUCGGUUUUCAAAAAUUAUGACCAUGAUCAGGAUGGAUACAUCUCUCAGGAAGAAUUUGAGAAGAUAGCAGCAAGUUUUCCUUUCUCAUUUUGUAUAAUGGACAAGGACAGAGAAGGCCUGAUAAGCAAGGAUGAAAUCACAGCUUACUUCAUGAGGGCAAGCUCAAUCUAUUCUAAGUUGGGCCUUGGCUUUGCCCACAACUUCCAGGAGACCACUUAUCUGAAGCCAACUUUCUGUGACAACUGUGCUGGAUUUCUUUGGGGAGUUAUUAAACAAGGAUAUAGAUGCAAAGAUUGUGGGAUGAACUGUCACAAGCAAUGCAAAGAUUUGGUUGUUUUUGAAUGUAAGAGAAGACCUAAAGCCACACCUCUGGAUAACAGUCCUGCAUCGGCCCUUGCAUCUAGUCUGUGCCCCAUGGGACUGAAGGAGCACAUGCAUGGGUUGGAGGAGGGAGGAUUUCCGUUCCCUAAUGGAGAAGUGGUUGAGCACAAUGAAGGGAGCAAAGACAGAACUAUUAUGCUGAUGGGGGUUUCAGCUCAAAAAAUCUCAGUAAGGUUAAAGCCUUCCAUCGUGCACAAGAGCACGCAGACUGACCUCAUGCUAAUACAGGCGGAAGGACUCCCUGGACAACAAAAAGAACCAGGAACGUUACAAGAAAGCACUCUCCUCCAACCUACCUCUCUGUCUCCAUGCCCGAGCCCAGUUCUUAGCCGUAGAAAGGCUUAUGUGAAAUGGGAAAACAAGGAUUGCAACCAAAAAGCAAAGGAGGAGCCAUGUACUUUAAAACCUUCAUAUCAGGAACUGGAGCAGGAGAGAAAUAUCCUUGCAACAGAGAAAGAGACUUUAAAGCUGCAACUUAAACAGGCACAGAAGAAAAUUGAAUUCCUCAGCGUUCGAAGAAAUCGCAUUUUGGACAGCAGAGAACAUGGAGACUGCUUGUAGCUGACAAGUCAAGAGUUCUUCUUGUGGAAGAUAGUAAAGGCAAUUGGGUCUUAAGGUCUGUUGCAUUCAGGCGCAUGCACGGGUGGACGAUUUCAAACGUUAUCCUUGUUCUGCCUGUAAUAUGUGUGGAUGCAUGCAUUCCCUUCUGAACAGGUUUAAAAUAGUUUGUUUUCUGUUGAAAAUGAUUUCACUUGGAAGUCUUUUUAAAUUUAGGAAAGCAAAACUAUUGCUCUAGUCCUGAUAAGGUAACAAAAUUAAGAAAAAUGGAGGAACUGGAAAUAGGAAGCAAAUUUUGCAGUGCAGAGCUGGAAAUGAAGUUAUUGGGCAAGGUGAGAGAUGGUGAGAAGUUCUCACAACAGCUAGGAAAAAAAACUGUAUUGUUUUAUGUGGCAAACUGUAGCAGUAUUUAGCCACAGGUUAAGUUGUGUUGGUGUCAGUUGGUCAGAAGAGUUAUGUGGUAUGUCUUCUCCCUCGGAAAUACAUGCAUCUUUGCUCUAGCUGUGAUCUAUUCCUCCAUUCCUCUUUGUAGAAAUUCAGUACAGAAUGAUCACCAUAAUCCACCUGAAUUUCACAUAAAUAACUACAUUUCAUGUAUCUUUUACCCAUGGAACAAACAUCCCUGAUUCUAUAUGGAUCUUCCGUGUGAGGAACAGAAGGUGGUGGCUUCUCUGUUUUGGGUAUAUCUUCUGGCUUUUUUUGCUAACAGUGUUAUGGGGAAGCAUAUUCAUGAGUGGCUUUCUCAAAUGAGUUCAUACACAUACACUCCUUUAAAAGUAAAUUUGGUCUAUACAGGCAGAUUGCUACUGAUGUUUCACUUUCUAAAUUCCAAACAUUAACUGAAAGUUUUCCUGUAUGUGAGCCGCAGAUUCAGCUACAGACUGACAUCCAGUGGGAUUGAUUAUGCAUGAUCAUUGUAGAAGCUGUGAAGGUCAUUGACAUUUCAAAGCCCACACAUAGGUAGUGAUGACAGCAUAACAACCUUGAUUUUGUGAUGGAGUGUAACUUUACCCUUCACAUUCAAUUUGAACAAAGUAUUAUGUUUUCUAACUUAUUUUAAUGGUUUAUGGGACUGAGAACUAGAUAAUCACUCUUUUAAAGGAAUCCCACUCAGAUUUUGGUGUUCUUGCACACUACCUAUAUUCCUGCACUCAUUUUUCACAAGGGGAAGUUGAAGUUAUUUAUUCAUGAAAGUAGAGUGAAAUGAACAUUUAUUUUGCUUGUGAAUCCUGUUGAGCCCCACUGGAUCUUCUACAGCGGUAAAGGUUCCUAUGCUUUCUUUCCGGUUAUUUUUCCCUGCUGAGUCCAAUGUGUGGUGCUCAGUGUAUAGAAGUACAGUCAUUUCUAUCACAGUUGACAUAGUAGAGAAAGCAUUUGAAAGUUGAAAUGCACAUUUCUUUCUUUGCACACGUCUUGGGAAAUUGGGCUGUAGUUCUUUACAUUCAGGCACCAGGUUCAAAUUCUGGCUUGAAAAGGAAAGCCAUUUGGUAGCAUUAGCAUGUACCUUUUACUUUACUUGACUAAAUGGCUCAGUAGUUUUAAAACUUCAUUCCUGCACACUUAAUUGGUAUUACUUAACCCAAUCUGUGAAGAAAUAGCACAAAAAUGAAAAGUACCACUUUUGUUUUGUCUUAUAGAAAUAGCUUAUGAUUCAAGAUAAAUGAUACACUAUGAAAUGUGGUAUCAAGUGCUUGUGACUUGGUGUAGCUUGUGUUUUAUUUAUUUACAUCUGGUUUCAAACACAUUCCUUAAUUUAUUUUUACAAGAAUGAGGUAUUGCCUUCCCAGCUCUUGCAGCAUUUUAUUUUGUGCUGCAGUGUGUAUUUAUUCCUUUUUGGAGUGGUUUCACAGUUAAAUAACUCCAGCAUAAUCUGUUUAUAAGAUUAUUUGUAUAAGCAAACCUGUAAUUUAAAUGUAUGUGUUUCAGAAGCUGGCUUCAGUUCUGUUUGGUAAAUCUGAUAAAGUAUUGUAACUACACUCCACUGAUUGUAAAUAUUUAUGAAUUUGUCAUGCAUGGACUUUAAAAGUUGAACAGAGUUGACUCAGAGCAGUUAUACACUAAGCAUAAAUAAUUAAACCACUCUAGAAAGAAAACCCUUAACAACUCUUAGCUAAUGUUUUUCUUCCCCUUCCUUUCUCACACAUUUGCCUUCCAUCAGCAAUCUUCCUCUGUAGUCAAAAAAACCUCCUUCUACAUAAGAAGUGCAGAACCUUUUACCCUUGAAGGUUUUCAUUCCUUCCAGGAAGUGGAGUCAUGAUCCACAGGUGCCAGAAACAUGAAUGAACACACACACACACGCCAUUAUUUCAUUCUUUCCCCUCUAUUUAUAUAUAUUGCAAAACUGCACAUCCAGAACUUCAUCUGUUCUCUAUAACAUUGCAUUGAGAAACAAGAGUCCUCUUUCCAACAUACAGCACAGAAGUAGCGAAGUAUCCAUAUUCCUGUCCUCUGUGGGCAUCUCCUUGUACUUCUCUAGUACAUGCCAAGGGCAUUCCCCAGUGCACAGCAAGGAAGGAAGGAAACUUUCAUAGCUGCUUCACAGUUCAAGGGAAAUAGUUUUUGUAUGCAAGGCAGAGAAGGUAGAUGAUAGAGAUAGAUGGGACCAUCAAAAGUGAUAGCUAGUACACCUCAAGUCACUUUAAAUGCUAUAUUCCUGGCUGGCUUAAACACUUUUGCCUUGGUGUCCAUCUUUUCCUCUUGGGGGAAUAAGAUUGAAAGAGAUUGUCAGCAAAAAGCUGACCUUUGUGUCUGGAGAGGUGUGAGAGGCCUGUGAGGAAAUACAGUCAAGUCAAACCUUUCAUACAAUUCUUUAAAUUGUUUUAAGUAAUUUGACUGAAGCUAUAAAUAUGUGUUGCUGAGAUAAAUGGUGUGAGAGUAUUUGUAAAGCAGCGUGCAAAGACAACUGUAACUCACCUUCAUGGAUCGGAGUUAGUAAACAGCUGCAGGAGUUACCCAAAUGAUGACAAAACCACAAAAACCAAACCAACUGACCUUCUUGCAAGUUAAAUUUAAGAUAAAUAUGUUUGUGGAAAAACCUCCUAAAACCUCAUAUUAGGUAAGAUUUGACUUUUCCUGAAGGCACAGAGCCUAGGAGUGCACUGGCUUGUAUCCUUUCCUAGAAGUCACAUACAUAUUUCUGUAAACUAGAUCAGAUUGCUAUAUGAAGACAAUGUGGACAUUUCAUUUGUUUUAAGGGAAGUAGCUAUGCUGUUAACAAUAAUUAAUUGGUUUAUUUAUUUAUUAAUUUCAGUGUCAAAUUCAAGGUACUGAUACUAAUCUGUACACAUCGGGUUAGUGGUUCCCUUAUGUAGCCACAUGAAAGUCAUUCUAUAGACAGAUACACAGGCAUGAAACUCAAUCAGAUUUACUGUGCAGCAUGCUGUUGAGGGUUUGAUUUGUUUUUCGAGUCUCAUCCGCAAUCAAAUCAGUGGCCUUCUUUCUGCCCUAAAUGUAUGUGUGAGUUCAAGAACAGGCUUCACUGCCACACUAUCAGCUUUUAAAACUACCGCUUGCAUGAAAUGAUGCAUUCUCAGUACCAACUAAUGUGUUAGCAGUUGCUCAAACCAUCACAUUAUGCAUAUUUAUAGCCAUUGCUCUAAAAGUUUUGAAAAACAUUUGCAAGUAUUCAGCAGCCUGUGAUGCCAGCAUGAUGGACACAUCCUUCUCGGCCUUCCUUCUAUACUACACACAUGCCAAAACAUCACAUCCUUCAAGUUAUUAAGGCUUCUCAUACUGAUG